AUGUAUUGGCUUGAUGUAUGGGGGUUCAGAGGCGUGGUUGAAUGUGGAAGGCCGAUGAGGAUGGACAAUGAGCUUAUAACUGCCUUGGAUGUGCAAAGCCUGUGGGGUUUGAGAGCAGACGGUCGUGUUUUCACUGGCCGUGACUACCCUGUUGGAUAUGAAGAUUGGCCCAGCAAGUGUAGAGAUGUGUUGGAAUGGAUACCUGACGCAGAAACAGAAACGAAGCACGGUGGUUUGUUGAUGACAUCUCUGAUCCACCAAGCGACGAUGCCGUUGGGUGAUGGGCUGCAUGAUUAUGCAUACAUCCAAAGAGCACGUAUACAUGCUCUAAUCUUGUUAAGGGGGCUUAUUUUACCGGACACCACAGGGUGCAAGGUCCCCUUUAUGUGGUUAAAUGCCUUUGACGAUCCGGAAGAAGUGGCUAAUAUCAAUUGGGGUAGUGCUGCUUUAGCAUAUCUGUAUCAUUAUUUGUGCGAGGCUUCAGUAGGCAGGCAAAGAAGAGAUGUGGGUGGACCUAUGGUUCUCUUGCAACUGUGGGCGUGGGAAAGAAUGCCUACAUUGAGGCCAGCCUUCUUGAUAUCGCUUAUGUACACGCCGUAUACCCCGUGCGGAGCUAAGUAA